AUGGCGCUGAUUGGCCGCUGUCUGCUGGUUGUGGUGUUGUGGGUUGGGGUCAGAGAAGGGGCCGGUGGUGAGCAGAUGAAGCAGGCCCAGGCUCCUCUUAUCCCUCACCGGCCCUUUAUCGUAGUGUGGAACGCCCCCACAGAGUCCUGCCGCCUUCGUUUCAAGGUGGACCUGGACCUCAGCGUCUUUGACAUCGUGGCCAACCUCAACGAGACCCUUAGCGGGCCUAAUGUUACCAUCUUCUACCACAGCCACCUGGGCUAUUACCCUUACUAUGCCAGCUCUGGGAACCCCAUCAAUGGGGGCCUGCCCCAGAACCAGAGCCUGUCCAAGCACCUGAGCAAGGCCAGGGCCGACAUCGACAAGCUCAUCCCCCACAAGGACUUCCGAGGCCUGGGUGUCAUUGACUGGGAGAACUGGAGGCCCCAGUGGGUGCGCAACUGGGGCUCGAAGGACAUCUACCGCAACAAGUCCAAGGAGCAGAUCCGGAAGCUCCAUCCAGGUUGGCCUGAGAGCAAGGUGGAGAAUGAGGCCAAGGAGGCCUUUGAGAGGGCCGGACAGGCCUUUAUGAACAAUACUCUACUGUUGGCAGAAAGUCGACGACCUGACGGCCUCUGGGGCUUCUACCUGUUCCCCGACUGCUACAACUAUGGCUACAAGACGCACCCGCAUCGCUACACAGGUGAAUGCCCCAACGUGGAGCACGUCCGUAAUGACCAUCUGAUGUGGCUUUGGAGGGAGAGCACAGCCCUCUACCCCUCCGUGUACCUAGACUACGAACUCAAGUCCUCGGCCAACACCGUCAAAUUCGUCCACUACCGUGUCAAAGAGGCCAUGAGGAUUGCCUCCAUCGCACGCACCGACUUCACACUGCCUGUGUUUGUCUACUCUAGACCCUUCUAUGCCUACACCUUCACGGUCCUCUCAGAGGUGAGAAGGAUUACUAAUAACUGGUGAUGUUGGGAAACUGAUAACUGUUGUUGCUGUUGGUUCAAGAGCGAAAAUAAUAGUGUUAGGAUAUUCCAACACAUUUUUUAAAUGGUCCUCUGUAGCUCAAUUGGUAGAGCAUGGUGCUUGUAAUGCCAGGGUAGUGGGUUCGAUCCCCGGGACCACCCAUACGUAAAAAUUUAUGCACACAUGACUGUAAGUCGCUUUGGAUAAAAGCGUCUGCUAAAUGGCUUAUUAUUAUUAAAGUAAGUACUUUCUGUAAUUCCUGCAAGCAUUUGAUUGCCUUUCAGUCAUUGUGAUAACUACCUAACCUCUGCAUUUUUCUCUCAAGUCACUUGUCUUGUCUCCCGCCAUGUUCUGCCCCCUAGUCAUUGUCGUGGAUAAAAAGCUAUUAAUCUCCCAGAAGCUUCUGGAACUGUCACAGAGUGAUGAGUGGAAUGCUCAGUCUCAGCUAUGACACCUCACAUUGAUUUACAACACAUGGGCUCAGUCCAGAAACAUCCCCUAGCCCCUAACCCCUAUAGGCACUUGAGUAGAUCUAAAAGAACUGGAUAGUUACAGCAUUUCCACCUUGCCCUCUGAUUAACUGGGUGGAAUAUUGCUUGCCUACAGUAUUUUAACCUUUCAGGUGUAUAAAAGUGCCUAUAGAGAGGUGAUAUAGGGCUGAUUCUGGAUUGGGCCAUGAUCUCUAUUUUGAGGUUCAGGAGUCAAGAGGUAAAACAUGAGAGUGUACCAAUGAACACUGAACACUGGAGCAGGUCAAGUGACCUCACUUUGACCUGAGGGGACACUGUGUUUGGAGUGUUACAUAUUUUCUUAUGUCUCUCCUAGAGUGACCUGGUGCACACUAUUGGAGAGAGUGCAGCUCUUGGGGCAUCAGGAGUGGUACUUUGGGGCUCCUCAGAAUAUGCUCGAACUCAGGUAAAGAAAUGACACAGAAAACUAUGUGAAAUAUGAUUGUUUUUAUUUAUUAAUCCCGGCUCUGAGGAAGCAUUCAACAUUACAUUAAAAUGACAUAAUAAUGUCUUGUUGCAUGCAGUAAGCAAAAGCUGUGAGUGUCUACAUGGUUCCAUGAGACACUGAGAGGACGUGACACGUCAUCACUUUGAACGUGGAUUUCCCUUCCUUACCAGUUUUCAGUGUCUCCUGAAAUAGUAUGUUUCAGCACAGUCACUGUGGUUUUGAGAUCAGGACAGGAGCCUUGAAGAAGGCCUGAUUUACAUCACACAGACAGUGGUGUGGUGCUUUGUUGGAAAAGGACACAUGGUGAUUUUGUGGGUCCCUUUGCAUCCUGUUUACAAGAGGCUCGUCAGUUAUAAAUCAAAUGUAGAUGUGGAUUACUUUGCUGCAUUAUAGACAGGGGUAAGGUUUUAAAGGAGGACAUUUUCCACUUACUUGUAUUCAAAUGGAGAUGGGUAAAUUGCAACCAACAUUGAGCACCAUCUCAACACAAGGUGAUCUCUCAGUAAACGAUCAAUAUGCGCUAAAAUCACCCACACAGCUGAUCUCAAUUGCAACCAUUAUUGGCCACCAUAUUAUCGCUCCCUAAAGCUGAUGUCGGUUGCUUAAGUCCUGGUUGUACUGUACUGUACUGUGCAAGCAUUUCGCUACACCUGCAAUAACAUCUGCUAAAUAUGUGUAUGUGACCAAUAACAAUUGAUUUGAUUUGUAUUGGUUGCUGACAAAAAUUUUCAAGACUAUUUGGUGGGUAUUAUCUUUGGAAUAAAUGUAACCUAAUAUUUGAGCAGACUAAGCACAUAUUUAACUAUUUAACAAGCUUUCCGUACAACUGAAAUGAGGUAUGUCCUCAUUAUCCACAGAGAAUCAACUGUGGCAAUUAACUCUACACAUUUUAUGAAUGUAAAGCUUGUGAUGGUAUACUUACUUUUAAUUUCCAAUUUAUUUAAUCUAUUAAUAAAACUCUUAACCUUUUACUGCAUUGGGAUAAAUCAGGGUCACACAGUGUUUCUUGGUAGUCUUAAACAAAUCUACUUUGAAACAAAAGUAUACACCUCACACACAUCAGGUACAAAAAAGAAGACACCUGUACCAUGUCAGAUAUAGAGUUGAAAUGUAUUCAAUUUUGAGUUUGCACCCCAAUAUUGCACUUUAUAUACACCACAGAAGACUGAAAUAUAACAAAACCAUAUUAUAUAUAUAAUCUAUGUUUUCAUAAAAUAACAGUCUAAUGAAUGUAUGUCAAAAGACAAAUGAUAUGUGACCCAAACAUAGAAGUCUAUAAUGUACUGUAUUGUACUUUUCUGUAUACUGUACAGUAAACUCGAGUAGAGUAUAGUUCAGUUCAGUACAGUACAGGAAAGUAGAGUAUAGUUCAGUAGAGUACAGUGGAGUACAGUAGAGUACAGUACAGUAUAGUACUCUACUGUACUGUACUCAACUGUACUGUACUGUACUGUACUCUACUGUACUGUACUGAACUAUAUUCUUCUGUACUGUACUGUACUCUACUGUGCUGUACUGAAUUAUACUCUACUCAAGUUUACUUUACUCAAGUUUCUUAUAAUUCACUGGGCCUAUAUUCUUACAAUAAUUAUUUUUGAUGAAUUACCAGCCAUGCUAUUUUCAAUGUUCCUGAUUAGGGCUGUGGCGGUCAUGAAAUUUUGUCAACCGAUGAUUGGUUGCUAUUUCAUUGGGGCCAGGAGUUGUGAACCUAGACGAAGCUGUCUGGUAUCUAACUCGUUUGACACAGUAACAACGGGAGAUCAACUGAUCUGCUGGUUUAUUCUUGUGGGUUUCGGUUGCAAGCAAGUUUGUUUUAACACGCUGGUGCAUGUAAUCUCUCAUUAGUAGCGUUUUAGGAAAUCCAGCGCUAACCCGCAGCUGCACGUUAAGUUCUGCCUGUUGGUUGCAAUUGACCCGAUAUGUUUUUACCAAGCUCAUCCUGUGUACUAGAUGAAACAUUUUAAGCCUUGAUUCCCUCCAUUCCAGUUUUAGAGGAAAUAAAAUGGAGAGAAAAAAAGAGAAGAAAUUCAAGGGAUAGUUAGUGCAUGAAGUAAAUAAACAUACUGUGGGUGACAUAAGGAAGGUUCUUUCAACAUAACUAUUAUUUCCAGUGAACUGCAGGCCUAUUUUUAGUUACACUUUCACAGACACCUUUACUUAUGCUGUGUAUUUAUGCUGUGCAUCACAUUGUGUUUGUGCCUCUGCCUAUCUAUGUGCACCUCCAGAGAAACUGCCUGACCGUGAAGAAGUACAUUGACGGCCCUUUAGGCCACUAUGUCAUCAACGUCACCUCAGCCGCCAAGCUGUGCAGCAAAGCCCUGUGCAAGAAGAACGGCAAGUGUGUGAGGAAGAGCCUCGACUCAGGGGCCUACCUCCACCUCAACCCCCGCUUCUUCCACAUUCGCAGCAACCUGGGCCCCCGGGGGACCCGCUUCCACGUGAGCGGCCAUCUUAACAACCACGACAUCCUGGACAUGAAGCACAAGUUUACUUGCCAGUGCUACCAGGGCUGGACGGGGGUCUACUGCGAGAUGCCCCAGAUGCCACCGCUCCCUCCCAUGCCCCGACCCAGGGACAACAGCCUGCUAGGGGACAUACUGGUCAUCCUGUCACUUCACUUCUCCUGU